AUGGACAUCAGUGAUUCCACAAAUCAGCUUGUUAAUAGAAAGCUUAUUCUGUACGAAUGGAUUAGGCCGGAACAUCUUGAGCUUGAUAUACAUCACGAAAAUCUGGAGCAUCUAUCUCAGUCACUUAAAGCCAUUCCCUCUCUUUCGACAUCUACAGAAAAGAUCCUCCAUGUAAUGCAAACUAUAGAAAGGUUGUACCGCAUAAUAGGCCAGCAUGAAGAUCAAGGGAAAAUGCUUUCUGCAAUAAUAUACUGUAUCAUAAAAUCCUCAGUUACAAACAUUUACCUGGAAGCACAAUUCAUGGCUAAGUACAGAAGGCGUAUUGCUGAUCCUUGCACGCUUGAGUGUCUACAUGGGAUAGGAAUCAAUAUACAUUGCGAUUACCCUGCGCCAAGCAUGUAUAGUGAGAAAGAGAUUACAUACUAUCUCACAUCAUUUCAGGCAGCGAUAGAUUUCAUCAGAAGGAUGGAGUACUAUGACUUGAAAAUCAGUGAAUCGGAGUUUCACGCAAAUAUAAUGGAAGCAAUAAAGCUCGCAAAAGACUUCUAA